AUGGAGAGGAGGGCGGGUGGCUGCGCGCCCGGCGCCGCCUUUUUAAAGCUGGAAAACACCCCCCCCCCCCCCCCCCCCCAACCUCCCUUCCCCUCCCGGCCCCUCUCCCCGCCCCGGCCCCGUGAUGUCAGCCGGGCCUCGGCCCCGCCGCCGGCGAGCGGCCAGCGGGAGGCGGGCACCGGCGGGCACCGACGGGCCCCGGCCGCCCGCCCCUCCACGGGGCACGGCGCCCGCCCAGCCCCGGCCCCGCCGCCACCGCCACCGCCCGCGGGGUCCCCUCAGCCUGCGGGAGCCGGGUGCCCUCCUGCGGGAGAACGGGCGGCGCGCCGGGGUCGCAAAGUGAAGCAGGGAGAAGAAGAGAUCCCACUGCGACUCCUCCUCUCACCUCCCAUCUCCGGGAUGCCCCGUCCCGGCCCCCGACGCGGCCGUGAUACCCCGGCCGAGGCGGGAGCCUCCCGGACAGGAGCUGCUGAGAGGGCCCGCGCCGCCCCCGCUCCCAGCCCUGCUCCCCUCACUCCCCGCUCCCGCUCCGUCCUCCCUCUCUCCCCACAGCUGGCAGGAGGGAACCAAAGUUUUGGAAUGGGACAUGCGGGCCAUUGGGGGGGUUUUGAGCAUAUAUCUGGUGUGUGAAGAAAAAGAAAAAAAUCAUAAAUCUAGUCCCUGAC